GAACUAUUUUCUGUAAUCUAAAAGAAAUAUCAGCAACCUCUCACCAAUUAUUCUAUAAAAGCUCGUAGCCUCUGCUUCUUUUCCGGAACCUUCAAUUUUUUCUCUGCUCUGCUUCCUGUAUUUUCAGAAUCAGAGACAAACAACAACAACAACUAUAACCAUGCUUGUCUACCAGGAUCUUCUUACAGGUGACGAGCUUCUUUCUGACUCAUUCCCGUACAAGGAAAUUGAGAAUGGAAUGCUGUGGGAAGUUGAAGGAAAGUGGGUUGUUCAAGGAGCAGUGGAUGUAGAUAUUGGUGCUAACCCUUCUGCAGAAGGGGGAGGGGAGGAUGAGGGUGUUGAUGAUCAAGCUGUCAAAGUGGUUGACAUUGUUGACACUUUCAGGCUUCAGGAGCAACCAGCUUUUGACAAAAAGCAAUUCGUGACUUACAUGAAGAGAUACAUAAAGUUGCUGACACCGAAAUUAGAGACAGAGAAGCAAGAGUUGUUUAAGAAACACAUUGAGGGAGCAACUAAGUUCCUUCUCUCAAAGCUGAAAGACCUCCAAUUUUUUGUGGGUGAGAGUAUGCAUGAUGAUGGAAGCCUUGUCUUUGCUUACUACAAAGACGGAGCCACUGAUCCAACCUUUGUCUACUUUGCCUACGGUUUGAAGGAAAUCAAGUGCUGAAUACAUGCAAUACAGUUUACAGUAUAUCAGCUUAAUACAAGAAAUACUGUCUUUAACUCUAGUUUUGUGUUUUGUGGUUUUGGUUAUGUUAAAGAGUUUGAUCUGUAUCCGUUUUUACUUUGGUUGUUUAUGAGAGGAACAUGUGUUUUGGUUAUGACUCAUUGUUCUAUUUGUCCAAUUAAUUGUGCUCU